GCCGAAUGCAACUCAUGCUCCGCGGAUAUCGAACACCCUACGGACUUGACAACACAACAAGAUACCCCGUCCUGGGUCUCUUCUAAAUCUACUCGAAAUCGAACUUGGUCCCAACAAUCUCCUCCGACAAAUCCCACAAUUGAGCAGCAUUGGACUGACAGCCGCGUGUGAGUAAUCUUUAGCCGGCGCAGCUACUCACCGGGUCCGCAGUGUGCGCCGCGAGCUGGUCGGUCGCGACGUUCGAGUCGUUCAGGUACGCUCCGGGGCACGCCUCGAGGCGCGGAUCGAACGCAGCAGCCACGCUCGUAGCCGCGCCCUCAGGGAUCGUCUUCCACGUGUAGUCCCGCGUGUUCGGCUGUCCAUCCGCGAAGAGAAUCCCGAGGGCCUUGAAGGCCUCGAGCGACUCCGGCUUGGCGUUGAUGUUCGUUGCGACGGCUACAUUGUGUGUGCGUUUGUUCAGUCAUGCGUGAGCUGCUGCCGCACCUCCGGGAUGCAGACUGUAGCUUGUGAUCUUCCCACCGGAUCGCCGCGAGAGCUCGGCUGCAGUGAGCGCGUUGGCGGACUUGGCCUGGAAGUACGCG